UUGUAAAGGUUCCCUCUCUUACUUGCUAGCAAAGAUGUCCGCCAGCGGAGAGCUGGUGGAGCGGAUGGUUGUGUCGUCGGAUAUAAGCAGCUCUGUCGCUGCUGUUCCUUCUACAACGCCCCCCAUCGCAGCCGUCACAACACCUGUGCCCCCUUCUAGUACGAUAGGUGCAGGAGGCGGUGAUGAGGAGGAAGAGUGGCUGUAUGGUGAAGAAAAUGAAGCAGCUGGACCAGAUGACGAUGAGGAAGAUAUUACAAGUGCUCAUCCUCCACCUAACCUUGAACCAGAGGCUACCGAGAAUGGUGUUGUGAAACCUGUGGCAGAGCCAGAUGAUGACAGUGAAAGUGACAGUGAUGAUGACGAUGAUGAUGUCCAUGUUACUAUAGGAGAUAUUAAAACAGGAGCACCACAAUAUGGGGCCUAUGGAACGACCCCUGUAAAUUUAAAUAUUAAAACAGGAGGGAGAUUAUAUGGUCCUGCUGGAGGCAAAGGUAAAGGGGUAGAUCUAGAUGCUCCUGGCAACAUUAAUGGAGUUCCUCUUGUGGAUGUAGACUUGGAUUCUUUUGAGGACAAACCGUGGAGGAAACCAGGGGCGGAUCUCUCGGACUAUUUCAAUUAUGGUUUUAAUGAAGAUACAUGGAAAGCAUACUGUGAGAAACAGAAGAGGUUAAGGAUGGGCCUGGAAGCUCUUCCUGUUACCUCAUCAACAAAUAAAAUAACGGUUCAGCAGGGCAGAACUGGAAAUUCUGAGAAGGAAGCAGUAUUGCAAACAGUAAAACAAGAGUUCACGUCUCCCACUUCAGUAUUUAAAUCUGGCACUCAGCCACCAAGCAGAAAACCUUCAGGCACAAUUGAUGUGAUAGGACAAACAACUACUAUCACUCGAGUAGAAGGAAGGCGGCGUGGUGCCAAUGAAAGCAAUAUUCAGGUUAUUUCAGAACAGUCUCCUUCUGAAGUAGAUAAUAAUAAUUUUAUAAAGCCCCCACCACCCUUUUUCCCUCCCGGUGCUCCUCCAACACAUCUCCCUCCCCCUCCGUUAUUUCCACCUCCUCCAAAUGUCAGUACUGCCCCUCCUCUCAUGCCACCUCCAGGUUCUGGAUUGCAGUUAUCGUUCUCAAUGCAAAAACCGUCUAGAUAUGGAAUUCCUAUUACUGUACCUCCUCCUGGUUUUCCUCCUCCUCCAGGUGGUCCUCCGCCAUCUCUAAUACCAACAAUAGAAAGUGGUCACUCUUCAGGCUACGAUGGACGGUCUGCACCUUCAUUCCCAUAUGGCAGUGUGUCUUUUCCUCAUAUGCCUGGCUCUGGUGGUCCUUGGUCCAAUAUGGUAGACACAUCCAAACAGUGGGAUUACUAUCCUAGAAGGGAGAAGGAGCGAGACCGUGACAGAGAACGAGACCGCGAAAGAGACCGGGACAGGGAGCGAGACCGUGAGCGUAACAGAGAGAGGGAACGUGAGAGGGAGAGAGAGCGAGACCACAGCCCAAGUGCAGGCACUUACAAUAGUGAAGAGGAGCGUUACAGAUAUAAAGAGUAUGCAGAGAGGGGCUAUGAUCGUCACCGAGAACGAGUGAGCAGAGAAAAGGAGGAACGACACAGGGAACGAAGGCACAGAGAGAAAGAAGAGUCGACCCGGCACAAAUCUUCCAGAAGCAGCAGCAGGCGCCGCCAUGAUAGUGAAGAAGGUGAAAGCCACAGGAGACACAAGCACAAAAAAUCCAAACGAAGCAAAGAAGGAAAAGAGAGUGGAGUGGAACCUGCCCCAGAGCCUGAAAGUGUUGAUGCAUCGGCUGAUUAAGCUUUUCAUGACCAAUUCCAGUGCAGAAACUACCACCAGUUUUACAAAGCCAGCAUUGUCUGGAACCCAAGGAAUGAGUGUUAGGGGAUUUUUUUUUUUUUUCUUUCUUGAUAUUAAAAAAAAAAAAAAAAAAAAAAAAAGGAAGAAAAAAAAAAAAAAAACUCUUAAAAUUGUUCCUUAGCAUGAUCUUGUUUUCACAUUUUCAUUUUGUAUUUUUCUGGGGAAAAUAAAAAAGUGAUUUUUGUUUUUCAUGUUUAGGUAGUGUAAUUUUGGUUUGGUAUGUUGUUUUAAUGUCCAUGUCUAUUUAGCAAAAGCCCUGAACUUUUGUGUGUCCAAUUUAAGUGAAAAGUAUUUAUUAAGUGUUGAUUGGGAUAAAGAAAAAGAAAAGAAAUUUAUAUUUUUGUAGCAUUUUCUAUGUUGUGUUUAAAGAGAUGAUAAACCCCAAAUUACAUCCCCCCAUAAAACAUUUAAUUAAUGUAACACAAAAUGGUAUUCACAUUGUUUUGUUUACUUCUCCUAUAAUUUUAAUUCUGAUUAUAUUUUUUUUAAUCAAGCCUUCCUUCCUAGCAAGGGGAUGGAAUGCAUUUCCCCAUACUGGAGUUGUAUUUAGCUAAUGCUUUAUACAGACCAGUGCUUCACACAUUAUACAGGGUUUUCAAGGGCUUUUGAUUGUUAUGAAUUUGCAAAACCCUGUAAAUUAUACUGACAAACAUAGUUUUUUAUGCAGAUAUUUUGCUUAUUUAUGUAUUCAGUAUUAUAUAUGUUUAAAACAUUGCCUUAAAUAUCCAUUUAAAUUUCACAUAUACUGUAUUUCUUGAUCAGGCUGAAUCCUAGAUCAAGUACAUCCCAAUAAAAUCACAGAGCAACAUA